GAGAUCGCUUAGUUGCGCUUUGGACUCCGCUCGUGCCGGAUUAACGUGUUAUGAUAGUCACCGCGAAGUUGGUAGCCAUUGGGCUGGGCCUCGCGCUCACGGCCUUCACCGUAUCGACCAUUGUCCUGGCCGUCCAGAAGGCGAGUCUUAAGAGUGAUUUGCGCGAUGCCCAGGAGAAGUUAGACCUCCUGGAGGCGGGGUAUACGAGCACAGCUGCUCCGACAACGGCAAGCACUGCGAAUCCUGGCAGCACUAGUGGUUCGGAGCCCACAUCUGAGCCUGGCAGCACAGCUCCUCCAGGAAGCACAGUGUCACCAGGAAGCACAGCUUCUCCGGGAAGCACAGCUUCUCCGGGAAGCACAGCCUCUCCAGGAAGCACAGCUUCCCCAGGAAGCACGGUGUCACCAGGAAGCUCUGAGUCACCAGGUUCCACCGCUUCAACAAGUGAACCCAGCACCACUACGUCCCCCGAAGAGAAGAUCGAUUACCGAUUGCCCGGAACUCUAAAGCCCACCCACUAUGAUCUCUAUCUGUUUCCCAACAUCGAAACUGGUGAAUUCAGUGGACAGGAGACGAUUACAAUUACUGUUGUGGAGGCCACCGACCAGAUAGUCUUGCACUCCCUCAACCUAAACAUUUCAAGUGUAUCCAUAAUGAAUACGGGCAGUGAUACUUUGGAGAUUCUUGAGACAACAGUGGAUACUGUGAAGGAGUUUUUGAUAUUCCAGCUAAACGAACCGCUGACAACAGGCAGGGAAGUGAGGCUGCAUAUUGGAUUCGAGGGAUCGAUGGCCAACAAGAUUGUGGGACUAUACAGCUCGUCGUAUGUGAAGGCGGAUGAGACCCGCAAGUGGAUUGCCACCUCCAAGUUCGAACCCACUUAUGCUCGCCAGGCUUUCCCCUGCUUCGAUGAGCCAGCAUUGAAGGCCGAGUUCACCAUUACCCUGGUGCAUCCCUCUGGGGAGGAUUACCAUGCCCUGUCCAACAUGAACGUGGACUCCAGUGUCAACCAGGGAGCCUUCCAGGAGGUCACGUUCGCCAAAAGUGUUCCCAUGAGCACCUACCUGGCCUGCUUUAUUGUCUCCGACUUCACCGCCAAGAACGUCGAAAUCGACACCAAUGGCAUUGGAGAAAACUUCCCCAUGAGCGUCUACGCCACUCCGGAGCAAAUCGACAAAACGGAUCUUGCUGUGACCAUUGGCAAGGGAGUCAUCGAGUACUACAUCGACUACUUCCAAAUCGCCUAUCCGCUGCCCAAACUUGAUAUGGCUGCCAUCCCCGACUUCGUCUCCGGUGCCAUGGAGCACUGGGGAUUGGUCACCUACAGGGAAACAUCGCUUUUGUACGACGAAGCCACGAGUUCCGCCACCAACAAGCAGCGCAUUGCCAGCGUGAUUGCCCACGAAUUCGCCCACAUGUGGUUUGGAAACUUGGUAACCAUGAAUUGGUGGAACGAUCUCUGGCUAAACGAGGGCUUUGCUAGCUUCAUUGAGUACUUGGGCGUGGAUGCCGUCUAUCCAGAAUGGCAAAUGCGUGAUCAAUUCAUCGUGAGCACUUUGCACAGCGUACUCACCUUGGAUGCAACCCUCGGCUCCCACCCGAUCAUCCAGACUGUGGAGAAUCCCGACCAGAUCACGGAGAUCUUCGACACCAUUACGUACUCCAAGGGUUCCUCCCUUGUGCGAAUGCUGGAGGAUUUCCUGGGGGAGACUACCUUCCGCCAGGCGGUUACCAAUUAUUUGAAUGAGUACAAGUACUCCACGGCAAAAACGGGUAACUUCUUUACAGAGAUCGACAAACUGGAACUGGGCUACAAUGUCACAGAGAUUAUGCUGACAUGGACGGUGCAGAUGGGUCUGCCAGUGGUCACGAUCGAAAAGGUCUCCGACACGGAAUACAAAUUGACGCAGAAGCGCUUCUUGUCCAAUCCGAACGACUAUGACGCCGAUCACGAGCCCUCGGAAUUCAACUACCGUUGGUCGAUCCCCAUCACAUAUUUCACCAGUUCGGACUCGGUGGUGCAGCGUCUGUGGUUUUAUCAUGACCAGAGCGAAAUCACUGUAACCGUUCCCGCUGCCGUCCAAUGGAUUAAGUUCAACGCCGAUCAGGUGGGCUAUUAUCGCGUUAAUUACGAUACCGAUCUGUGGAAUGGUCUGGCCGACCAGUUGGUGGUGCAACCAAGUGCAUUCCGCUCGGUGGAUCGCGCUCAUCUCCUCAACGAUGCCUUUGCCCUGGCGGAUUCCACUCAGUUGCCCUAUGCAACGGCCUUCGAGUUGACCAGAUACUUGGACAAGGAGACCGAUUAUGUUCCUUGGAGUGUGGCUGCGUCCCGUCUGACUGCGCUGAAGCGAACCCUCUACUACACCAGCACCUACGCCAAGUACAAGAAGUACGCCACAGCUUUGAUUGAGCCCAUCUAUACUGCACUCACCUGGACAGUCGGCACGGAUCACUUGGAUAAUCGCCUGCGCGUCACCGCUUUAAGUGCCGCCUGUUCCUUGGGCCUGGAAUCCUGUCUCUCUGAAGCCGGAGAGCAGUUCAACACAUGGCUGGCCAAGCCGGAUGAUCGUCCAAAUGCCGAUGUCCGUGAAACAGUCUACUACUAUGGCAUACAGUCCGUUGGAAACCAGGAGGAUUGGGAUGCAGUGUGGGAGCUGUUCGUCAACGAAUCGGAUGCCAGCGAGAAGUCCAAGCUGAUGUACGGCCUGUCCGCCAUUCAGAUUCCCUGGAUAUUGCAGCGCUACAUUGACCUGUCCUGGAACGAGGAGUACGUGCGGGGUCAGGACUACUUCACCUGCCUUACCUACAUCUCCGCGAAUCCAGUUGGUGAGUCCCUGGUGUGGGACUAUGUACGGGAGAACUGGCAGCGACUUGUGGACCGAUUUGGACUUAACGAGCGCUAUUUGGGCAACUUGAUUCCCUCCAUCACUGCGCGCUUUAGCACCCAAACCAAGCUGGAGGAGAUGGAGCACUUCUUUGCCAAAUAUCCGGAAGCUGGAGCCGGCACAGCCGCACGGGUGAGGGCUCUGGAGACGGUCAAGAACAACAUUGUUUGGCUGGCCGAGAACCUGGAGGGUGUGGACGCCUGGCUGGACAAGCAGCCACUGUAAAAAGUGCGAGGAAGUGGUCUUGCGACCAUGGAUAGCAUUAAACAUGUACUCAUCUAAUUGCCAUUAUAAACCAAAAAUGUGCCGCACAAGUGGAAAUAAAGAUAAGCGUAGCUAUGGGGAAAACUGAAA